CAGAAAGUUGCCGCUGGCUUUGCUUUACUACUCAGUGCUCUCGCGACUCAGAUCUGAAGUCCAAACAACACAACGCAGCGCUCUCACGGUAUCCAUUCAUUCGAGGAGAGGAACAUGGGUCGUGGAGUCAGCAGCGGAGGGGGAGAAAGCUCUUUGGGCUAUCUGUUUGGAGGUGGAGAAGAAACUCAGAAUCCCGUGGCGAAAAGGGGUGCAGCUCCUCAGAACCAGGCGCCGGUUCCAACUGCCGAACCACCUGCUCAGAGGGCUACUGCUCCCGCACCACCUGCAGAAGUCAAUAAGGAGAUUCCCGCUGGCGUACCUGGGAACACUUCAAACAACUAUUUCCGAGCUGAUGGCCAGAACUGCGGCAACUUCAUCACAGAUCGACCAUCAACGAAAGUGCACUCAGCUCCCGGUGGUGGAUCAUCCCUAGACUACCUGUUUGGAGGCGGUGGCGGUGGCGGUGGCGGUGGCAAGUGAAAGCCUCACGCCGCUGAAGUUGGAAUCGUCAGUUUGGUCCUCGGGCACCUUUGUAACUUGGACCCUCUGUAGAUGAUUUCUCAUCUCUUAACAUUCUAGCACUUCCUGUGACGGGGAUUUGUUGGGUUUAAGCUUUUAUGCUGCUGAAACUUUCGAGUUAAAUUGGCCGAUGAUAUAAUCGUUCACAAAUUGCACUGCAUGUUCUACAAGGUUUUCGUUUUAAUCGAAAUUUGUACAAGUUUGUUA